AUGGCUCGAUUUGACGACCUACCCGCAGAAUUGCGCGCAGCAAUAUGUGAAUAUACCCUCCCCAAGGAUGAGAACGCGAUAUACGUAUUCAAUGAGGAGUGGGCAUAUGAGUUCUUCCCGACGAGACAUCGAGAUCUCGGUCCUGAGGACAGUUUCAACCCAUGCCUCCCUGCCCGUAUCCAGGUCCCUAUUCCUGGAGUAUACAAUGUUUGCAGAGACGCCCGCCCCGUUGUUCAUCGCUGGAUGGCCAAGAACAACCUCCAGUGGUAUGAUCGCCAAGAAACGAAAGAGAGAAUCCUUGUCCGGCCAUUUGACGUGCAGAGAGACAUACUCUACGUGCCUCAAAAUGAAUGGGAUAUGUUUGACGGGUUCGUCAAUAGCAAUGAGCUCGACCCCGAGGAGCACCAGAACCUGCGCAACAACAUCGUCAACCUCGCCGUGUCAGCUGAUAGCAUGUCGAGAUUCGACAAUGCCGAGGACAUUGCAAGACUCAUGCUACGGGCACCCAACCUCAGAAAGAUAUACGUCAUCUUCAACGACCUCCCCCACGUCGAGAAGAUCACAACACGUCUAGCAAAUGGUAGCGAGUGGUGGUCCGAUAUGUCAGUCCAGCAGCGAUGUGAGAUCGCUUCAGAGCCAAAGCCUCACGAAAAGGUUCAUGUUCAUCGGCUGGACAGGCACAAUCAACUAAGACAAUUCGUAAAGCUCUUUCUCCGAGACCUGCAAAAGCGCAUGGAUGGCAUUUGGGGGAUAUUGGUGGAAGGCUUCCCGGAUAUUGCUCACAGCGUUACCAAGGAGCUCAAGGUGCCCAGGGUUGAUGUGACCAUCAUGCAGGUGCCUACUUGGGAUAUUGUGAGGCAACUUCGAGAAAGUGAUAGAGCUAUAGCAAUUGGCAUUGGCCCUGGCAAUGGCAUUGGCAACGGCAUCGUAUCUGAUCUGAUCUGA